CUUUCUUCUUCUCAAAUAUCAAAAUUGAUACCGACCAAGUGUGCUAACUCGAAAAACUUAAUCAAGUUUUAUUUCUAUCACUUUUUCUAAAAUCGAAGUUUAGAGUUUUCGUUUAUAUAAAUAUGAGGCCAGAAGAUAGGGCAGCAUCUUCCGCUGGCCUACUGUCUUUACCCCAGUUUGAUGAUACAUGUUGUGGAUUGCUUUGAAUGUAAGCGGUUUGUGGUGGCUUCUAAUUAUGUAGUUGAACAUGUGCAGUUUAAAUGCGAAAGUUCUCUUUCGCUUAAGCGAGUUCUUGCAACAAAAGCAGUUCACCGUGAAACGCUGCUCCGGCAAUCAGCGCCGUCUCCCUUCUCUAGGUUGCUGUUGCCUGUCCCUUUCCCUUGUGCCCCCCCUCCAACAAGAUUCCGCCAGCGACACUCAACUGUCGCACAAUUCCGGUCAAAUUCGCUAAUCGAAGAGUGCACGCUGAUUUGGAUUUGGAUCUUCGAUCCCUCCCUCUUCUCUUCGUGUCAGACGGACGGACGCUUCGCACAUCAAAAUUGUUUAAUUUACGUGGUCGUGUUUAGUUCAUUUUGCAAGGAACCAUGGCGUGUCGUGUCCUUUUCUUCAAGGUCCGAAGUCGGCUUCUCUCUCGAUUUCCUCUGGGCAGCGGGCAGAACCAUCGGGCGGCAGGGCGAUGGCUUGCACGGAACGUCGUCUGUCACUCUUGUAUUCGUGGGCGGUGGUGAUGAUGGCCGGGGAGGGCGGGGCCCUUCCUCUCCAUCAGGCGCCCUCUUUUUUCUCUCUCCCAUUAUCGGCCGUCCUCUGCUCAUUAUUAGGAGUUAG